GCUGACCAAUUCGUACCUUGUUUUCCUACGUGCUGUGUAUAUAAGAACUGACGUGAUGUAAUAAAUUCAGUAUCAGAAGAUCUGGUCAACAACUACACCAUGAAAACAGUUAUCUUGCUUUGUACUCUAGCCGCUGCAGCGCUUGCCGCGCCUGCCGAUACCUACAAUUCAAAAUACGACAACUUUGAUGCUAACGAGCUCGUCGGUAACAUGAGACUGCUCAGUAGUUUCGGACGUUGCUUCCUGGGCAAGGGUCCUUGCACGGCGGAGGGAUCUGAUUUCAAAAAAACAAUUCCCGAGGCUCUACGGACAACCUGCGCUAAAUGCACUCCGAAACAAAGGGAACUCGUUAGAGUUGUGGUUCGUGGAUUCCAGACCAAGUUGCCAGAGAUCUGGGACGAGCUGGUCCAACAGCAGGACCCCAAAGGAGAGUACAAAGACGCCUUCAAUCGCUUCCUCAACUCAUCUGAUUAAACUAAGCGAUACCAAACCAUUGAUAGCUAAAUUGUGAUAAAAUGUGCAAACAUCACUGUUGUACCUUGUUUAUAUUUAAC